AUGAGACGACUGUACAAUGAAGGAUUUCGAUCUAUAAGAAAUAAUAAUAUCCAGAAUACAGAUAGAGAGCUCAAUGAAUCUCUGCAAUCUCUGCUAAAGAAUUUUUUUCUUUUCAGUGAUGAAUUGCAGGUGGACGUAAAGGAGUUAAUCAUCAAAAAACAUUUUACGUCGCUGUAUAUGCUGAUACCUUCUUCAACAAGCACAAACAACACGAUUAAAACAGAUAUGAGCACUGGCCUUUCCAGCUUGAUUGAAAGAUUGUCAACAAGCGAGGGAAUGGAUAUACUUCGAAAGUUACUGUCUUGUGCAGAAACAGAUAAAUCACUGUCUUUCGUUAUUCCGCCGACUUUCGAAAUCGAAAAGUAUCUAGAUAUGCGUGCUUUGUUGCGGGAAUUAGGCGUCGAGCAAUUAUUGACGCCCGACGCGAUUCCUUUAGACCACAUCUUCGUGGAAGACGAUCGAAGCGCGCACUUCGGCAAUGCCGUGCAUCGUGCUCGUGUCAAGGUCACGCAGGAGGACGUCAAGGCGGCUGCAGUAACCGUGAUCAGCGGACAGGAACCAUGUUCGAACGAUAUUAUAACCGACAUGCAUAUCAAGUAUCCAUUUCUUUGGUUUAUUUACGACAAAAUGAACGCAGAUAUUCUUUAUGUCGGCGUUUUUAAUGAAUUCGACAAGCACGUUUCUCAAACGAAAUUGACAGGUACAAAUUAA